GAUGUUUAUUAUGUCUUAUUCACAAGGUAUCAUUCUUCCCACAACACAUCAAACAACAAAGGUAGAUGAUUCGUUAGCAGUAUUACCUGACAUUGCAGGCCUUUGGAAAUUGAAAACUAUUAGAAUAAACUCACUUGAAAAUAAGAAUUCCGACGAUGAAGAAGUUAUGAAUCCUUUUAAAAACACUGUAAAGAGAGACGGAGAAAGAUACGAAGUGGCGUGGCCAUGGAGAAAGGAAAACAUUGCACUACCAGAAAAUUAUGAACUAUGUAUUGGAAGAUUGAAAUCGUUAUAUAAGAGAUUAUCAGAGAACCCCGAGCUGCUACGAAAAUACGACGCCAUCAUUAAAGACCAGUUGCAAAAAGGAAUGAUCGAGACACUAGAGGACAAUAGUGAAAGAGGAGAGAGGAUACACUACAUACAGCAUCAUGCAGUCAUCACACCUGAGAAGAAUACAACGAAAGUUCGAAUCGUUUAUGAUGCUUCAGCAAAGACAAAGAACCCAAACUUAAGCUUAAACGAAUGUCUACAUCGCGGGCCUGUCAUCCUAGAAGACCUUUGUGGAUUGCUGAUACGAUUCCGUACGAAGAAGAUUGGAUUAGUUGCAGACAUAGAGAAAGCGUUUUUACAAGUUUCUUUACAACCUAAAGAGAGAGACGUAACGAGAUUCGUUUGUUUAAAAGACAUCAACACUCCACCUUCACCGGACAACCUACAAACCUUCAGAUUUUCAAGAGUUCCCUUUGGUACCAUCUCAAGCCCUUUUCUACUUGGAGCAACGAUAGAACAUCACUUGGAAGAAACAUCAGAUGCAGAAGUAACAGAAGAAGAAGUAUCAGAAGUAUCAAACAUCAGCAAAGACAUGUAUGUAGACAAUCUAGUGACUGGAACUAACAGCAAUGAAGAUGCAAUCAAUUUAUAUGAAAACUCUAAAGAAAGUUUCAAAGCAAUUGGAAUGAACAUCAGAGAUUGGAAGUCAAACUCAACAACAGUUAACAACGCUUUUCCCGAAAAUGAUCGACUAGAAGGAACAAUGAUCAAAGUGCUUGGACUUCAGUGGAAUACAGAGAAUGAUCAAUUGAUGAUAUCGACUGAAAAAUUCAAGAACCUAUCACCAGCAACCACAAAACGACAAGUCCUUACAACGAUUGCGUCACUGUUUGACCCGCUCGGAUAUCUUUCACCAUCAACAAUAAAGAUGCGACUUUUCCUACAGAAACUUUGGGAUCAAGAUAAAAAUUGGGAUGAUGAGUUAGAGAAAAACGACAUCGACGAAUGGAACCGUAUAAAGUCCGAUCUAAAAGAAUUGUCCGAGAUCAAAAUCCAAAGAUGGAUUGGAAGUAAAGAUAAACAACUGAUGUGCUUCUGUGAUGCGUUAAAGGAUGCCUACGCGACAGCAAUAUACCUGAAAACAACAGAUGGUGAGAAGACUCAAGUAAAUUUGGUAUUCUCGAAGUCAAGAGUCGCACCACGCAAAAACAUGUCAAUACCACGACUGAAGCUUUUGGCAGUGCUUAUUGGCGUUAGAAGUUUAAAUUUUGUAUCGAAGGAACUUGGAAUCACAAACAGCAAAAAGAUUCUAUGGACCGAUUCACAAUGUUGUCUUCAUUGGAUAAAGAGCAAGAAGCCGUUAUCCGUCUUCAUGCAGAACAGAAUCACAGAAAUCAUCAACACCAAAGACCUGGAAUUUAGAUACGUCAAUACCACAGACAAUCCAGCAGACAUGCCAAGUAGAGAAGUGACCAGUAAUGAGCUCAAAGGAAGUCAACUAUGGUGGAACGGACCAAAUUGGCUCAAGGAAAAUAGUGAUGCAUGGCCUACAUGGAAUAUGCCGACAAUCGAUCAAGAAGUCAUACAAGAUAUCCAAUCUGAAAUCAAGGGACCGAGUAUACUAUAUGAAACAUCUGUAGUCACAUCACCCUUAGGAAUAGACAAAACCAGGUAUUCAUCUCUAUCAAAACUUCUAAGAGUUACCGCAUACGUUCAUCGCUUCAUAAAGAAACUGAAGAAAAUUAAAGUACUAGAAGGAACAAUAAAUGCCGAAGAAAUUGAAGCAGCCCAACUGAUUUUGAUUAAGUACGUACAAAGGAAACAUUUUCCAGAAAACAAGAAUGAAGGAAUUUCAUUGAACAAGAAGGCAAUACAAAAUCAACUGAAUCCAAAAACCGAUCAAGAUGGUAUUGUUAGAUGUUAUGAAAAAUUCAAGCAUACUAUGUUACCAGAAGAGACAAUAACCCCAAUACUGUUACCGAGAAGAGAAGCAUUCGUUUAUCUCCUGAUUACGUCAUACCACCUCAAGCUAUUUCAUGCAGGAGUCAAUCAUACACUUGCUCACCUGAGAAAUAGAUUUUGGAUAUCAAAAGGCCGUGCCAAAGUCAAGUUUAUCCUAAGAAGAUGUAAAGUUUGCCGCAAGUACCAAGGAGGACCUUUCAAGAUGCCACCGAUGACACCAUGGCCGACAAAUAAAGUAACCCGAUCAUUACCUUUCGAAAAUACCGGAUUAGAUUAUUUUGGACCACUUUUUAUCAAGCAGUAUCACGCUAAAGAGAAGAAGAAAUUAUGGGUAUGUUUAUUCACGUGCGUCGCUGUGAAAGCCAUCCAUUUCGAAAUGGUGGACGAUCUUUCUGCAGAAGAAUUUAUACAAGCGUUUAGAAGAUUCAUCGCCAGACGUGGAACACCUAAAGAGAUCAUUCUAGACAACGCCUCUCAAUUCAAACUAGCCAAGUCAACCGCAGAUAUCGUAUGGGAGAAGGUUAUUCAAGAUCCAACAGUACAAUCCUACGUCGCUGAACAAAGAAUCAAGUGGAAUUUUAUUGUAGAAUUAUCACCGUGGAUGGGAGGAUUUUACGAGCGAUUGGUCGGAAGCUGCAAAAUGGCAUUGAGAAAGUCAAUAAGAAAGAAAUGUUUAACUAUGAUACAAUUACAACAUUUCUAACUGAAACCGAAGCUGUACUCAAUUCAAGACCGUUAGUAUACAUCGGAGAAGAAUUAAACGAUGGGACAACAAUUACACCUGCACACUUCUUAUCGCCCAACACGAAAACAGGAACUCCUCAGUUAGGAACAGAAGAGGAGAUCGAAGAUCUUGACUACCAAGAAAAUAUUACAUCGAAAGAUAUACUUUUGAAUACAUGGAAGAAAGGACAGAACAUUCUUGAAUCCUUCUGGAAAACAUGGAGAAACGACUAUCUAUUGAAUUUACGAGAAAGAUCACAGAUCAACCUGAAGGCUCGACGAAUCAAAUCAUACGACGAACCAAACGUUGGAAGUGUUGUACAGAUCAAGGAAGAUUUACCAAGAGGAUCAUGGAAGAUUGCAAAGAUCACAGAGCUGAUUCCGAAUAGUGACGGAAACAUCAGAGCCGCAAGAAUAUUAUUACCGAAUUAAAACAUUAUCACUCGACCUUUAAACUUACUGUACCCCCUCGAAUGCAACAACGAAGAGACAGAAACGAAAAACGAAACAGUCGAGAAAUCUGAUGAAACGAACAAUAAAAAAUCUAGAAGAAAUCAAUACAUUUAAACGUACGCCAAGAAAAGCAGCAAUACAGGCUAGAGACAGAAUUUUCGGACAGUAUUUAACGGACAUUCACUCUUGGUGGGAAUGUCGUGAACGUUCUAGAUUCACGAAUAUUUAACAAGACGUGUGACUUUUCACGCAAUAAUUUUCUCGAACAAUCGAACAUAGUUCUUUCUUUUGUUAUGAUAUAUUGUAUUUAUGCUAAAUAAAGUCAUCAUGACUUGUUUAUAUGAGAUAAGCAAAAUUUCUUGAGGAUUCAGCAAUUUCGAAGAAGUAUAAAUAGGAGCUGAAUUUGCUUGUAAACAGAAUGAAAUUUAACGGAGUAUAGAAUUGAAGUUGUAACAAAGAAGAAUUUACGUAGAAGAAGCAUACGAAACGAAAAUUAUCAAGUCAAUUUAUUCCACCGCAACACUAAUGGCUAAUAGGAAACAAAGUUAUUGAGUGGAAAGGUCUGGGCUCCUAUGUUUAUCAUGACGUAUUUUAUGACAACAGCUUUCUGCAGGCCGGAAUACUUCAUUUGUCAAUUACAACAAUUUAAACAAGUCAUAAAUAUACCAUUGAUUUUACUGUUAUCAUGGUUGCUUGUGGUGCUUUUAAUUGUGGUAACUCUUUCACCAAAAAAUCGGUAGCUGAUGUAAAAGUGUGGCAUAACGUUCCCACCGAAAAAGAAAAUAAACAACGUCGUAAGAAAUGGCUAGCAGCUAUGAAGCGAGAUCCACCAUAUCCAGCAGACGCGAAUUUCGUUCUUUGUGGUAUGCAUUUCACGUCCGAAUGUUUUCAACGCGAUCUCAAGGCGGAGCUCUGUGUCUCUGUGAGAAAGUUUAAAUUAUUACCAAACGCUAUUCUAUCGGUAUUUUCAUUCUCAAAACCGCUACCUGCAAAGCGUUCUGCAUCCAUCGCAAGAAACGAAAGAAAAACAAAACGCCAGAUUGUGGAUGAAGCUUGUACGGCAGAAGAAAACUCAGGUGGCCCGGAAGCACCUUCCCUAGAAGCCGAGUCCCAUUUUAAGGAUGCUAUACGCAAACUGUUGAUGUCGUCAUGAUUAACAAAGACAUUAGCUGUGCUACACCAUUGCAAACAAAGAGCACUAUGGUUCCUGCUGUGUUAUGCAAAUCAAUGUCUACUCAAAUGAGUCCAACUUUGUCUUCGACGAACACGCAAACUGUUAUAUUAACUCAACAUGCUAGCGUUUCCACAGUCAACCUUAUUGCGAAAAAAGGAGAUGUAAUUGGAGAUUGCUCUUCAUUUUGCGUAAGUGAAGUAGAAGAUCGCGCUGAUCCAGAUGCAUCUUUCAAUGUCAGUAGCUAUGUUGAUACGGUCGAUAGUAGUGCCGAUACGGCUGAUAGUGAUGUUAAUGAGCAAGAUGUCGAUGUUAGGGAAGGUACGCAGUCGAUUGCACCUUCAACAAUGUUUCUAGUCUACUUUCAAAUGCUUAAGUCGCUCUUCAAAUUCUGCUUUGAAUGCAGUGAGAAAGCUACUAUCAAAAAACAUAUAACUAAGGGUAGUAUGCUUAUUAUGAAAUUGGUUUGCGCCGGUAACCUCGAAGUGACUUGGAGAUCACAACCUUACUUAAUUCGAAUUGCGGAAGGAACGGUAAGUCUGCUGGAAUAUUGUUCAACGGGUUAACAUUACAAGGUGUGAAAGAAGCAUUUGAAACUGCCAAUGUUAACUUUAUAAGUAGGUCGCAGUUCCAUGAACUUCAGCGAAGAUUUUUAUUCCCAGCCAUAAAUAGCAUUUUUACGCAUUAUCAGGAAGCCACACUUGUUAGUUGCGCUUGAAGGUGUCAAUUUCAUUGGAGAGUCGCUGUGAAGAGAUGUCGUGACUUGAAUGACUUGAUGAAGUCUAUCAUAAACGACUUCUUUGCGAAGGAGAUCCAAUAUUAUUGAAGGAAAAGUGGCAGAGUUUACUCUAUCAUAUCCGUGGGGUACAUUAUUGGGUAAAUAAUACGCUAUGAUUAUGGGAUUACAAAACAGCAAGCUGUAGUGAUUAGACUAGUCUAAUGACUCUUAUUUUAAGUGGUAGAGGUUAAACCCUCUUAAAAUCUCUAUGCAAAGCAAGAUCUCCCUUUUACAAGGAUGGUCUGUACAACCAAGUUAAUUGAAAAAGCAACCCUCUGGACAAUAAAAAUAUGGCAACAAAAAAACAAAAAACAAGAACAACAUAUCAUAAGUGUGCUCAUGAAGAACUUACCCUGCUACAACAAGCUCAGAAGAAGUGGUUAACCGAAGAAAACCCUGCUUACAUCGCCCUGGAGAAAAUUGUUAAUGAGAAACAGCUACUAAACGAUUUAAAAUACGUAGCUGAUUUCAAGCACACUGGACAGCUCGAGGUUUACCAUUCCCUGUUGAAUAGUACUGUCCCAAACGCUUAGCAUUCUCGUACGCUGGGAUGGUUGCUAGGACGCAACUAGCUGUGCUUGACCACAACUCGGGUGUAGAACGAAAACAAGCCACUACAUCCCAUGGGAGGUAGAAGUUCAAAGUUUCGUUCACCAAAAUUACGAAGGAGUGGGUGGCAAAAAAAGUAAUGGAUCCGAAAGAAAAGGAAUACCAAGAGGACUUGAUAAAGGAAGUGUUUGAUUUGGUUCAAAAAAUCAAAGCUCCUAUAUUUUUUAAUUUGCCUUAAACACCCAGAAAUUUUGCAUUAAAAAUAAACCCUGGGAAGGAAGUUGUUGUCUCGAAUAUGCGUUCAAGACUUAUCUAAAAGUAACCCCCUGGUUUAUAAAUGAUAUUUAGCAUUACAUCAAGAAACGCUUAUUUUAAAAUUCCGGGGGACAUUUGUUAUAUUUUAAAAACAUAUAUUGUAAAAAUUUCAUUCAUGAUCUUUACAAUUAUACAUGUUCUUAUAAAUUUUAAUUGUCCAAAUCCAUUCCUGAUUCUGUGUAUGACACGUAUACCCCAUCAGGCUGCGGUAUUCAUUACGGAUUACCCACACAACACAUGAUGGUAUAGGCUUUCGAUAACCUAUGCCCAGUCUUCCAUACACCCACCAUAUAUAUUGUUUAUAAGCAGCAAACCGAUAGGAUCUGUUGCAAAAAUCAUGACGAAUCCCUCUCAUGUUGUGAAUAGCACCUACUGCUGUCCGUAACACGGGUUCCGGCAAACAAACCAUCAUCCGAAUUUGUAACACACGUAUGACCUAAGCAAAAAAAGAAAAAAGAUCUUUAAAAAGGCGUACGCCCGUGUGUAAAUAAACAACGUUUAGCUUUCUAAAACUUUGUUAUGACAGAACAGAAAGUGAUUAUGUAGCAAACAAGGAAGUAAAAUACACGAUAAGAAGAUAUUUUAAUCAACAGAAACCUUGAACAUGACCAUCCGGAAUAUCAUUAUUAUCACGACAACAUAAACUUAUUGUUUCAGUGACCAUAGUUUUACACUUUUUCCACUGGCACCACUCAACAUUUCCAACACGAUUUCUAGCUUCAACACUGCAGUUUUUAGCACCAACGUUGUUUUCCAAAGCUUCUAAAGGAGCAGCCACUUCACUUUGACUCCGUCCGGUUCGAACAUGAAGGGAGAUAAACCAAAUUCUUUAUCUUCAUUAAAUUCAACAUCGCUUACAUCAGAAGAGGAAGAUGACAUAACUACUUCAAGAUAAGUUUACUACUGCAAGAAAGUAACGCGCACGUUGCAGAAAUAUAUCAUGAAGUGAAGAAGAAAUGAUAUGAGGCAAAAUUGCUUUUUUUAUGACUUUUAGAACCUUUUAGCUUAAAAUUUUUUUUGGCUAUUAUACAGACAUGUAAUAUUGUGAUUUUUAAAAAUUUUGAAAAUUUACCGGACUUCCCCUAAAACUGUAAUUCAUAAAUUACAGACACCUCGUCUAAAAUUUUAGUGUGACGUACGAGUUCCAAAUAAAAAAAAUUGCCAAAUUACAGCAACAUCUUCGUCGUUGGCACUCAAAACAACCAAAAAUCUGCAGUGGAAGACUAUGCCACGAAAAGUAACCAUGAACAUAUCAUUGGUUGGCUUUAAUGAAUCAAAAUUGUCUUGGUACACUCCCCCAAAAAAGAAAAUGAAACAAGUUUUAUCCUACCAAACCUAUGAAGGAAUAAAAAUUUCAACUUAUUCCAUCAGUGAACUGGUGCAGUUAUCUCAUUCGUCAGGGAGCUCCAUAUGUGCUCACUGAAAGAUUAUCAAAAGAUCCAUUACCGGUUGGUCAGCCUAAUUUAUAGGUAUGUAUUACAUGACAGAAUUUCGUUAUUAUUGAAUUUUUGUAACUUCUCAGCAUGGCGAAUGCAAUGCACAGACAAACUGAAAUACACAGUAUAUAUAAGAGCUAGCUAGCAAAAAAAAGUCAAAAUUGCUUGGCUGUGCUUUUAUUUUAUCUAUGUACCAAAUAAUGUUUCAUGUCGUAGUCUUGUUAUCACAUCUACCUAGUUAGAUAGCUAUGCAUUUUACAAUUACAUAAUUAUAGAAAUAGAACCAUUCAACACAAGACUUUGCAUACACCGAAAACACAAUUAGAUAUCAAGAGGUUCUAAAAUUCAUGCCAUUGGUAAUGCUGGAAAAGGGAUUUGUGACGAGUCUGUCCCAUGCAGAAAAAGGACGAAGAAAAAUUGAAACAACAUAAAAAAUGGUUACUUUUAUAGCCACAUUGUUGAAAAAAAACAUUAUUUUGGCAUACUUACUUGACAUCUCUGUUCAUUGGAUAGUGGUGAGUAUAUUUUACCAACCAAAACAUAUUUUGCACUCGACGUCAUGAAGGUCUGGUUCUGAUUUUGAGCGAUUUUAUCUCGCUUUCUUAAUCACUUUUGUAUUGUUAUUCAUUACAACUCGUAAUAUGUAUGGUCAGCGAAAUAUAUAUACGUUUUAUUUUCGGUAUUUCUUUACAUGGAGACACCUCCUCUUCUAAGUUAAACAAUUUUUACCGAGGGACACUAAAAACUCAAAAUAUCAGUCUGGGCUAGCUGCAGAAGCUUCUUUAACCCUGACAUUUUGACUUCUUUGGUACCUUAUACAAUAAAUCUAAAAAUAUUACAUAUUUGUCCUGGCACAACGACGUAGUGAGAUUGCAAAAUCGAGUAGUUGAUUUGUC